AGCGCCAGGCGGCCUGACUACAGGUAAGGUUGGCGUGCUGAGUACAGUGGAGCCUGGCCACCCCUAUGGCACUGUGGGCACUGAGCCGCGCUCUGGGCUCUCUGAGCCUAGCGCCCCCAGCUGUUGCCGCCCCCGUUUCGAGUCUGCUCCCUGCCGCGCAGGUGAUGAGCAAUGCCCUCCUCCAACUGCCCUCUACCUUGAUGUUGCUCCCCUGCCGCCCAGUCCUUACCUCUGUGGCCCUUAGUGCCAAGUUUGUGUCCUGGAAGAGUCGUACCAAGUACACUAUUAAACCAGUGAAGAUGAGGAAGUCUGGGGGUCGAGACCACACAGGCCGCAUUCGAGUGCAUGGUAUUGGCGGAGGCCACAAACAACGUUAUCGCAUGAUUGACUUUCUGCGUUUCCGGCCCGAGCAGGAGACCAAUCCAGGACCCUUUAAGGAGAGAGUUGUCACAGUCCGCUAUGAUCCCUGUAGGUCAGCAAACAUAGCUCUGAUUGCUGGGGGCAGCCGGAAACGCUGGAUCAUUGCCACAGAAAAUAUGCAAGCUGGAGAUAUAAUCCUGAACUCUGACCACAUAGGCCGAAUGGCAGUUGCUGCUCGGGAAGGGGAUGCACAUCCUCUUGGGGCCCUGCCCGUGGGGACCCUCAUCAACAAUGUGGAAAGUGAACCUGGCCGGGGAGCCCAGUAUAUCCGAGCUGCAGGGACAUGUGGUGUGCUACUGCGGAAGGUGAAUGGGACAGCCAUCAUCCAGCUGCCUUCAAAGAGGCAGAUGCAGGUGCUGGAAACGUGCAUAGCAACAGUGGGCCGAGUAUCCAACGUUGAUCAUAACAAACGGGUCAUCGGCAAGGCAGGUCGGAACCGCUGGCUGGGCAAGAGGCCUUCCAGCGGGCUUUGGCACCGCAAGGGGGGCUGGGCUGGCCGAAAGAUUCGGCCUCUGCCCCCCAUGAAGAGUUAUGUGAAGCUGCCCUCUGCUGCUGCCCAAGGCUGAUAUCCCUGGACUCUAAUAAAAUGCCCACCAUUUUUA